AAGAGAUCAAACUAUGUCAACUGUGGCGUACUUUACUUUUGCUUGGGCCGAUACCCGGUUAACAUGGACUUCAAAGCCAGCUUACUCCUCCCACAUAGAGAGAAUAUACAGCACGGAAACGGUGUUAUUCACACCUCCUUUAGUUGUGGAAAAUUCCAUUAAUGACCUGGGUAUUAUUAGCGACAAAACCCUUCCAAUGAGGAUCGACAAGAGUGGAUUGGUCACAUGGUUCCCUGGAAAUAUCUACGAGACAUCAUGUGACAUUGACACGACCUUCUAUCCCUUUGACAAGCAGACAUGUUCCAUUAUUUUAACAACCAGGGGUUAUAUUCAAACAGAAGUAGAACUACGACUCGGAAAAGUCCCUAUAGUUCUUACUGCUUAUCAGGAGAAUGGUGAAUGGGCCUAUGUAUCCAGUUCAAGUGAAGUUAGUACCACAUCACGUGAUUUGUUGACGUACUCUACACUCACAUUUACUUUCACUUUCCAACGUCGGUCAUCGUAUCACUUGAUGACAACCAUCAUCCCGAUGUUCUUACUUGCAUUCAUGAGCUGCUACGUAUUCAAACUUCCAGUUGAUGCUGGAGAGAAGCUCGGGUACUGCCUUACGGUUUUAUUAGCGUUUGCCGUCUACCUGACUUUGGUUUCAGACAAUAUCCCUACAACAUCAACAACGAUAUCUUACUUAUCGGUAUACUUGCUGCUGAUGCUCGGAACUGGAGUGAUAUCCGUGCUUCUGACCAUACACAUUAUAGACAUUAAUUUUACAUCUGAUGAGGAAGAAAUACCAAAUUAUCUGCAAAAUAUAACAAGAAUUAUUUCCAAGAUCGUCUGCUGGAAAAGUAACACAAAUUGCUGCGGGAGGAGUAACUCUUCCAUAUCUGUAAUCAAUGUUAAAUCUAUGGACGUAGAAAUGGAUUCAAAGAAAACCAGUGUUGAUAGUAAUGUGGAGAAGAAGGAGGAUCUCUCGUGGCAGGAGAUUGCAAAGAUUUUAGACAUCUUUCUGUUCCGAGCUUAUCUUUUCAUAGUCAUAAUGCUGUCCAUUAUGUUCAUUGGUAUCAUGUAUUUGGGUCCACAGUGAUCGAAUGUCACUUGUUAUAUUUUUUUCUAGUCAGCUGUUUCGCAUUGAUAGGUCUAUUUGUUUUUAUUUGACUUUUUCCAUAAAUGAAACCAGGCUUGAGUUACUUACGAUUACCGAUCUUAAAAUGUUAAUGCUACUUAAUAACCACUUUUGUAGGUCCAUCCUCGUAUUCAUCUUUUUCAAGUUUUAAUUAAAUGCGUAUUUUUUAAAGCAUUUCUAUAGUUAUAGCAUGCUAUGAUAAUGCAACUCAAGUGAAUUCUUACA